AGGUCUGACCGGAGUAAGCGGCCGCUAGAAACACGAGACUUUUUAAAUGAACGUUUUUAGAGAGACGCCGAGUGUGGUAGAUAUGACUGACUGUUAUGUAGCCGCUGCUGCACCGGCCAACGGCAAACGAAAAACGGUGCGUCACUACUCUUCCACCGCCACACACCACUCCCCAGCGGUUUUUUGGCGAGUCCUUAUUGGCAUACGGCUGCGGCGAGACACGGGGAAAAUGGCAUCGCUGUUUCGCACGGUAACCGCGGGCGCACACAUGGCCGGAUUAACCUCCUAGCGGGAGGGGGGCCCGGGGCAAACGUUUGUUGGGUCCCUAUUGACCACCUCGGUACAUGGCAGUUUCAUUAUUUCCCCAGGCACCCAGAGGCCAACCAGUUCUCCAGAGUACUCGCUUAGUCGGGACAGAAAAAUAAUUGGGAUCAAUCUUGACAUCUGAUUAAGAGUUUAAGUAAUGUUUUUUUAAAAAAAAGUUCACUGCUACCAGCUUCUCGUGUGCUAGUUUUCACAGUUUUCUAUUACAGUAAUUCAACAGCUUUGGGUUUUUGACUGUUGGUAGGACAAUAAAAGCCAUUUGAUUAUGCCACCUUGGGCUUCAGGGAAUAAGGAUUGGCCUUUCCUACUGUUUUCUGACAUUUUUAUAGACUAUAACAAUUGAUUAUUAAAGAAAUAUAAUUGCGAGACCUGUUGAUUAAAAAAAAAUAUUGGUUGCAGCCUUACAGUAGUCAGAUUUCUGUGUGUAAAUCGCUGCCUGUACACAAAAAUGGAAGCAUUCUGAUAAAACACUUUGCAAGAAGUUGCCACAAUUUAAACUAAAACAAUUUAGGUCUUAAAAGUAGGUUUUGACACAAGGUCCCGCUACAUGACCAGCUGGAGGAUCGAUGACCCGUCAUAUGACACUGUACUUAAGUGGUGCAAACUUCUAACAAGUUUGCGAUCAGUCAAACUAUGAGCCCCAAAUAAUAUGGAGCGAAGCGUGGGCUCCUGGGGCACCUGGGGGGGGUCUGCGGCCCCUGGGCAGCCGCCCACUUGGUCCAGUUGGCAAUGCCGCCUUGGGCGCCGCGAAUCGGCACAUGACACUGGGACGAGCGGUGGUGGUGAAAAGUGGUAUCUAGUCAAACGUAAGUGGCCCAAACGGUUGAAAGUCGCACAGUGCGGCGGCAUAGGACGAUCGGCUCUGGGAUGUGCCAAUAAGGCGGGAAUACCUACCAUGUGUCCAUGCCACGGGCAUUUUAAGCCAAGUAUGCCACUAGAGCCAGACUGGCACGUCUUCAGCCACUAUUCGGGCCAGGGCGCAGCAGCUGGAGAGUUAAACCGCGAAGUGCCGCAUGUACACAGCCAGCCGCCGUACCUUCCCCUCUCUCUGUUUCUGCAUCCUGCUGUGCGCAUUUUAACUGAGCAACUUCUCUCCCUUUUACCCUGCUGCGCACCGCUUUUUACAGAAACCCCCCUCGGCAAAAUGACCGAAACGGAAACCAGGAGUCAUCACGCCGGCAAGCAGCAGAACGGCGAUGCCAUGGCAGAAACAUCGACGGUGGAGGAUGUUUUUGACGACACCUAUAGAGAGAAAGAGGGUCCCAAGCCGCCGAGGGUCCUGGUGUGGAGAAAUAUAAUUCUGAUGAUCCUCCUUCAUAUCGGUGCGCUUUAUGGACUGGUUGUCCUUCCUUCCGCAUCGGGUUUAACUCUUGCAUGGACUGCAGUGUGCUACCUCAUCAGUGCUCUCGGCGUGACUGCUGGAGCACACAGAUUAUGGAGCCACAGGUCCUAUAAGGCUUCUUUUCCCCUGCGAGUCUUCCUGGCUCUCGCCAACUCAAUGGCCUUUCAGAAUGACAUAUAUGAGUGGGCGAGGGACCACCGUGUCCACCACAAGUACUCCGAGACAGACGCAGACCCCCACAACGCAACGCGGGGGUUCUUCUUCGCCCACAUCGGUUGGUUGCUGGUUCGCAAACAUCCCGAUGUCAUCGAAAAGGGACGGAAACUGGAGCUGUCGGACCUGAAGGCAGACCGUGUGGUCAUGUUUCAGAGACGGCACUAUAAGCUUUCUGUGGUGAUCCUUUGCUUCGUCGUGCCCACCUUGGUGCCCUGGUACUUUUGGGGUGAACCCUUGUUUGUGGGAUACUUCAUCCCCGGGCUCCUGAGGUACGCAGUAAUGCUCCAUGCCACCUGGCUGGUCAACAGCGCCGCACACAUAUGGGGCAACAGGCCUUAUGACAAGACCAUUAACCCGAGGGAAAACCCACUGGUUGCUUUCAGUGCCAUAGGGGAAGGCUUCCACAACUACCAUCACACAUUCCCCUUUGACUACGCCACCAGUGAGUUUGGCUGCAAGCUCAAUCUCACCACUGCCUUUAUAGACCUCAUGUGCUUCCUGGGCUUGGCCAAGGACUGCAAGAGGGUUUCGAAGGAACUGAUCAUUGCUCGCAUUCAGCGAACGGGUGAUGGCAGCAACAAAAGUGGCUGAGUCACACCAGCUAUAAAACUCUGCAAAUGAUACAGACAUGUCAAACCAGACAGACCGUAGCAACAGGUAUAGCAGCAUUUCAGUGGUGGGGUGGUGAUUACCAUGCUUCUGAUUCUAAGUUAAACCUCUUCCUGAGAUUAAUCCUGGCUUUAAAGAGUUUAGACCUUUCCAUAUAUUGUGUGGGUCUCCUUUAAGUUUUGAAGUGUCCUCACUGACUAUUAGCCACAGCCAGAGACUUGGCUACAUGUGCAAGCACAGCUUUUUUUAUCCAUAAUAUGAAACAGGCACAAAGUCAAUGAAAAAGACUAAUUGGGAAUUAGGUCUCUUUUUGAAAGCAGUAGGACAGCCAAACACGUCUGUGUGAGCAGUGUGUAAAAGCAGUAAUUACAGGACAAUUUACCGUAUCUCUUAUUUAUUAAUGUACUAUUUAUUAAUAGUCUUUGGCACUUUGAAAGCUUCAUUGAAACCCUUAACAGUGAGGUUUUUGUACGAGCAAGACUGAGGGCCUUUCGCUCUAACUUCUGUCAGCAGUGCUUUGUUUCAUUCCACAGGGAGUGGAGCUUAAUCUUGAUAUUUGUUUAUCUAUUUUAAGCUAAGGUUUUCUUUAUUUUUGGUAAGCUAGUAGUCUUACUGAAACAGAAGCUGCUGUUUUUCAAGGCCAACAUUUCAAGGCCCCAUUUUAUCAUACUAGAGUAUCCCUGGCUUAAUACAGUUCAGGUGUGUUGUACUUUUGGGAUGCUUUCACACCCACCGUCUCCAAAUGUACAAGGGGCUCUUAAAGGGGAUUGAUAAGAAGUUCUCUCGUGUAAAGCCGUGUAUACCUCCGGUUGAGUAGUGAAGCUGGCCCAGACUCCAUCAUUAACCCUCUUUGUUUAGACACCUCCGGACUGAAACGUAGAACCAGAUUUUCUCACUCUUAAUCUGAAAAGAGAGAACUAUUGGCAUUUGUUUUAUCACUUUGAAAUACACUCACAUAUGAGGAUUCCCUCUCCCUCAGAUAAGGCCAAUGAGGUGUGUUUAGGCGGUGCAUUUACUUUUUGAGCUGUGUGAUAUUAUUGAAACAUAUGUCAGGACUCUUGCCCAAAUGCCUUAUGAAGGUUGCACACCUGUUGGAAAAAAUUAAAAGUUCAAGUUAUGGAACUAAAUUAGGGCUUAAAUUUUCUGUCUAAUUACAGCUGUGCAGUGUCUGUUUUGAAGGAAAACUUGAGAAACUGUAAUCCCUUUAUUUAUAAUGAAAAAGAGGGACCUUUUAAAGAAAUCCUAAAAAAAGGUUAUGCUUUACAAUGAUUGAACUUUUGUGUAACCAAACAAAGACUUUGCUCCUAAAACAAGAUCCAAACUUAUGAUUAUACUCUUGUAAUAUCUGUCACAAUUCCUCUUUUACAGAGCAACAAUCUUUUUACAGUGUUAACUUCUUGAAUUUUGAAUGCCUUAAAAAAUGGCACAUUUUUUCAAAGAAUGUUUCUGCCCACAAUAUGUACCAUAAAUAAACCAAAUUUUCUACUUGUGACAAAAUAUGUUUUGCUGUUUUUGUUGGAAUUCUGUAAUACUCCUUAUUCGUAUACUGAAUAAAAAAAUAUGAACAUACCA